AUGACUCAAUCUUUGACUGCCCAGUGCGAGGACAUUCUUGCCGCUGUUAAACAGUUUGAGCAGUCUGACAAGCAAGAUCGAGCAGAGCGCCUGCGGCUUAUCCAGUCAUUGAACAAGCUGACUGUACAGCUGAAGGACCCGAAGGAGGCCAUAUUCGACCAUUUUACAAACUUCGUCGAAACGUGUAACCUGCGUGCCCUGCUUGAGCUCCGCGUCCCCGAGACAAUACUCCGCGAUGGCAGUGCAACAGCUGCUGAGUUGGCAGCAAAAUGUGGGACGGACGAAGCCUUGAUUGCCCGUUUGAUGCGAAUCCUCACGGUUACCGGGAUCUUUACUAUGGUCGGGCCAGACGAAUACGCCCACACGCGUCUCUCGCUGGCGUAUCUGGAUGGUCACGAAGUGGACUUUUUCAAGUUGAUAUGCGACGCUAUCCUGGCGAACACCUCUCGGCUGCCUGCGUAUUUUGCUGAGUUAGGAGCCAAAGAUACAACCAGCAUUACCAUCAACCCUUUCUCCUGGGGAAACAAUAAGCUGGGCCAGACCUUCUUCGAAAUCAUCUCGCAGGACGAGAAUCGGCUCAAGCUCUUCGACAUCGCCAUGUCGACGCAGGAUAAUGUCCUUCCCGUGUUAGGUAUGUAUCCGUUUGGAACGGAGCUGGCCAACGUCCCAGACACCGAUACCAGGGCAUUGCUUGUCGACAUCGGCGGCGGCAGAGGGCAUUCCUUAUUGCAGAUCCAAGAGGAAUGGCCCGACCUAAAGGGCAAAUUCGUCCUUCAGGACCGCCCGAUGGUUCUGAACCCGCUACCAGAAAUGCUAGGCAUCGAGAAGAUGGCUCAUGACUUCUUUACGCCGCAGCCGGUUCAACAUGCUCAUGCCUACUACAUUCGACGCAGCCUCCACAACUGGACAGACGAGCUCUGCGUGAAGAUUUUCCAGCAGAUUGUACCGGCCAUGGCCUCGGACUCGCGGGUGCUGGUGGGUGAGAUGGUCGUCCCGGAGUACGGCAGUGAGCGACCGGGCAAUGUCGAGGAUAUGGCACCGUACUGGAUGGAUCACGCCAUGUUCGCCUUGGGCGGACGGGAACGCACCGAGUCUGACUGGCGACGACUCUUUGACGGGGCAGGCUUGAAGCUGGUGAAGAUCUGGCGGAGCGCAGCGGGGAGCCAGGCGGUGCUGGAAGCUCGAUUGGCCUAG